UCAAAAAUGUUCUGUCAACCUUCUGAAACUACUAAUAACGAAAAUAAAGUUAUUCCCACCAAUCUACCCUCAAAGAAUAAUCUGAAGGCGAAACGGAAACAAAAAAAGAAGUUGGCUAAAAGAAAUCGUUCCAAAAUUGCUUUAACAAUGUCGACUUGGGCAGAGAAUUUUACUGUAGCUGCUACUUGGCAAUUAAAACAUCAAAUAUCUUAUUGGAAAGCGCGUGCGAAAGCUUUGGAGUACGAAAAUGCUGUGUUACACGAUGUAAUACGCCGAAAUCAUUACAAGUUAGAUUUGUCAUCGGGUCCAAGUGCUCGUACAGACAGUGUAAAUGAGACCCAAAGUGACCAAUAUAAUGAGAGUGAAAACGAAGAGGAAGGGGAAUUUGAAGUAAGUGAAGAGUUUAUACAGUUUUUAGCAGAGAACGCAAAGUUCAAGGAGGAGGCUAGACGUGAAAGAGAACGCUUACGGGAUAAACAAGAAGCAGAAACUGUUAAUGCUGAAGAAACACCUCGGGAGACCAUUGAAGAGAAUCAAGAAAGACUUAAUGAGUUGUACGGUGAUAAAUGGCAGAGAAUAUCAGCUCUAGAAACAAAUAUGUUAUCCAGGUUUAUAAGUGAAUGUGACAAAUACAAGCCUGUAUUUUGGCCUAAUAUACCAUUUAAUUUUAACUACAGCUGAGGUUACAAUUUGAAGAGGUUUAUACAUAUUAUUAUGAACAAUGAGCUUUUUUGUUGGA